UUUAAAUUGUAUAUCCGUUAAACUUUCAAAUCGUGCACCCUUCGCAGUCAGAAGGUUUUGGAAAAUUCUCGAGCGCUUACUGCAGCAUAGCAUAGCAAAUUAUUAUCGUUUAUUUUGUCUCCUUUUUUUUAAUUUUAUUGUGGUAUUACAAUUAAGUAUUACGGAAUGCCGAAUCCCAUUUAUUAUUCUGACAAAUAUUAUGACGACCUUUAUGAAUACAGGCAUGUGGUUUUACCUAAAGAUAUGCAGAAAUUAGUGCCAAAAACCCAUCUCAUGUCUGAGCAGGAGUGGAGAGCUAUUGGAGUUCAACAAAGUCAAGGAUGGGUGCAUUACAUGAUCCACUACCCAGAACCACAUAUUCUCCUAUUUAAAAGAAAGAUCACAUCUCCUCCACCAGAAAAUAACUCGUAAAAGACCAUUAUACUUCAUUGUGAAAAUAUUUGUUGAUAUCGUAAAAGCAUUGGAAGGGUUCAGCGCUAGACGAUUCAUUUGAGUUAUUCAAAAUAAUAUCAUAUUUCAAAACAGUCAUUUAAGUGAAGUAUAUGUUAUUUUGCAACAGACAAAAAACUAAUGUAAAUCGUUUUAAUUUUAAGACGUGACAUAAGCUGUGCUCUUCUCAUAAUUAAUUUCAAUAUAUCAUCAAAAUAUUCUGUAUAUAUGUCUAUAGACUACUUUAGCUUUUAAUAUUUCAUCCUGUUAACGAUGUUUCUUGAAAAGAUAACAGAAAAUUCAAUAUUUCAUUGAAUCCUAAAAGAUGAGCUGAGCAAUCGGAAACUUGUGAAAUAAGAAUUAUAUUCUAGAUAACUUUGCGUGUUAGGUGCCUUAGUAUACGGUAAAUUUGUCGUACUCCCCUCCAUGCAUUUGAAUAAUGUGAUAGAGUAAUUUUUAUACAACUUUAUAUCAUAUUACUCAAAUUAUUAUUUUAUUAUUCAGACUUUAUAUUAAAAAUAAUUAAAUGUAUUUUCAUUUCCUCGAACUUAAUGUAAGGGUAAUGUUUCAAUUGAUGGUUAGUAUUUUUUUGUAACUUAAUAUUUAAAUAUUUGUAUACGUAUGAGUAAAUAAUGAUUUAGUUCGCUAAAAAAAGGACAUGUACCCAUAAUGAAAAAUAAAUAUUUCUUUUUUUUGUA